AUGUUUGGGUGGGGAGCCCCCCCUCCCGCGGCUAACGAGGUGGCCCAGCUGGCCGCAAAGUCGUCGUUGAAAUCGAAGAAGAAGGGCGAUAAGAAGGUCGGCAAGAAGCCGGCGGGUGAUAAUCCGCUGGUGCGCAAGAUUAGGCCGACCGGGCGGCCCCUGCCCCCCCCCCACGAGCCCUUCCAGCCCGGGAAGUACGAGCAUGAGGACCGCAUGAUGGUGGACUACGUCCGCUUCAUGACGGCCGAGAAUGUCUGGUAUUACAGGGACCGCAUGAGCGUGCCACGUGGACCUUGCUCCCUCCCCGUCCUGCGCGAGGCCUGGGUGCAUGGGGUGGUGGAUGAGAACACGCUGGUGUGGGGCCAGGGCCUGGCGGACUGGCUUCCCAUCCGCAAUGUGCGGACACUGGUCCCCCAGAUCCGCACCGUGGAAGUACAACUAGGCACAUGGUUCAAGAAGAACUUUGCCCUGCGGCCCGCCCUGGACCGCAUGCGGAGGGCGAGGGUGGAUGCACGGAGCCCCGCCAAGAGCACCCAGGUGGAGAACAUGUACUGA